GAAUGAAAUCUACAUCGCUCCUUCAGGAGUCCAAAAGGAAAGAAUGGAGCCAGAAGAUAUGUUUGUUUGUGACAUGAAUGGACAGGACAUCAGUGGUCCUCCACCACACAAGAAAUUAAAGAAAAGCCAGUGCACACCUCUUUUUAUGAAUGCCUACACUAUGAGAGGGGCAGGCGCAGUGAUCCAUACUCAUUCCAAGGCUGCUGUUAUGGCUACCCUUCUUUACUCAGGGAGUGAGUUCAGUAUUACCCAUCAGGAGAUGAUAAAAGGAAUCCAGAAGUGCACUUCAGGAGGCUAUUACCGAUAUGAUGAUACACUAGUGGUUCCAAUUAUUGAGAAUACACCAGAAGAGAAGGAUCUGAAGGAAAGAAUGGCACGUGCAGUGGAAAAAUACCCAGACUCUUGUGCUGUAUUGGUCAGACGUCACGGAGUUUACGUAUGGGGAGAAACAUGGGAAAAAGCCAAAACAAUGUGUGAGUGUUACGAUUACUUGUUUGAUAUUGCAGUGCAGAUGAAGCAGCAUGGGCUAGAUCCUUCAAAACAUCCAGCAGGAGAAAAUGGGAUCUUGUAAAUGACAACAACAUUUAUAUU